UUUCUAUUCAUACUAUUCAAUAAAAUGAGCUAAGCAAAAUGUCAACUCAAUGAAAUUAAGUUCAUUUGACGUCAGGGGAUGUGUAGCCGAUAUUAAAAUUUAAUAUCUAUGUUUAGUAGUUUUAAAAAAACUGAGCCAAGUACUAUUUACAAGGUUAUAAAUAUAGUUUAAAAGUAUCGAAACGCUAGAUAUUCUAAAAGAGUGUUGAAAUAUUUGAGUGAUAAAAGAUAUUUUUUAACUUUACACGGGGCCUUUUAAAUUUCAUUAGGUAUUCCCAAAACCGCCUAAAAGCUAGAUGACCUGGAUACGUAGACGUAGCGGAGUUUAUCUAAGUAUUAAACACGACUAGAUCAGAAAUCACAGUAAUACAAUUAAAAGGAUACAAUGGAUAGCGUUUUUAGUUUCGCUAUCGUUUUGAUUCUCACGAGCCUACUACGUGAAAGGAACACAGGUGUAAAUUCUGCAAUAUUAAAUGCAAAAGAAUUUACAUCAGAUCUGGAGAAAGUAACCUCAGAAUUUGACUUUAUGCAGAAAUACUUAGACGAAGAUGUUACCUUUCUUGAAAAGACAGUGAGCACCAGAAACCUUCCCGAGCUUGUAGGGUCACUGAAAAAGAAAUUCGAACAGUUCAUAGGCGCAGUGCGUCAACUCGGGAAGGCAAUCGAGGAUGAUUAUGAAAAUUUCGGGUCGAAUAAAUGGAUCGAACAAUGCUGUGACUUUAAAUCAGAUGUUCGAGAUUACAGAUUUAAAACUGAGGUGGACCUCACCAAUGUGUGCGUAAAAGUAUCAGAUCUUUCCCCAGAGAAUCAUGCACGGGAACAUAUCACUUCGAAAGUUGUUGAAGUCAUGCGGGAAAACAGCAGAAAUCUUCGCGAUCUCAGAUGGCAGUACUUUGGUACAGAACAAGGUAUAUUUACUCAGUAUCCCGCCUCACACAGCGGGGAAAGCUGCAAUGGCUUUGACAACAGGUUCAGACCUUGGUAUGUGGAAGCAGCUACGCCAGAACCUAAAGAUGUCGUGAUAGUGCUGGACAAAUCAAAGUCAAUGAAUGAUCCGAUUUCAACUUUUAGCAAAUACAAAUUUAAUUCGUGUGGCCAAAAAGGCCGCAAAAACUAUAUUAGACACAUUGAACCCUUCAGAUCGAGUGAGUAUUUAUUUUCCUUUUGGAAAUGUCAUACCAGUUUUAACGUUGAUAGUGAUGGCUACUUAUCAUCCUUACACUUGUACAUAUUUAUAUUCAUACAGUUUUAUAUCAAACAUUGUUUUCAAAAGAUAGGAAUAGUUGAGUUCUCAACAAAGGCAUCUGUAGCGAUGGGUGAUAUAGAACGUACACCGACGUGCUUUAAAGAACAACUUGCUUACGCAAUACCACAAAACAAAGAAAUUCUUAAACGCAAUGUUGAUAAAAUAACUGUGGAUGAAAACACCAAUUACACAGCUGCAAUUGAGACUGCCUUUAAUCUUCUUCUCGAUUCCAUUGAUCUGGAUGGGAAUGAAGCAAGAGAUAAAGUUAUUCUGUUCCUCACUGACGGUACACCAACAGAUCCUAACACUACAACGAUUUUUGAAGCAAUUAUGAAUGGAAACACUAAGCUGAAAAACAAAGUUGUGAUACUUACAUAUGGCAUUGGUUCAGUAAUUGCCAAGGAUGAAAGCACACAACAAAUUUUGACAGCAAUGGCCAAUCAAACAAUGAGAGAUGAAACACAUGGAAAAGUUAGAGAAGGCACUUUUACUGUUGUGGAAGACGCUUCAAAUCUUCGACAGACGAUGUCCUCAUAUUACCAGUAUUUCAGCAGGUCUACGUAUGAUUCACCAAUAAUUGCAACACCAUACGUAGAUGCAUUAGGCUUAGGUCUUGUAACAUCGAUAUGUUUACCGGUACAUCACAAAGGUAUUAUCAAAGGCGUGGCUUGUGUUGAUAUGACAAUGUCGGAUCUGUUAACAGACAUCACGUAUUUCAGUGAUGGUGAUCAAGCAUAUGCAUUUAUGAUAGACAAUAAAGGUCGAACAAUUGUGCAUCCAUCAUUACCAAGACCAUCCGUAGUGAAAAACGAUAUAUUGUUCGUCCCUAUUAGUAAUUUGGAGAGGACAGCUGCCAAAGAAGGAAUCAUUGAGGAAAUGAAACGUGGCACCUCUGGGAAAAGGAUUAUAGAAUCUGGCCGUGUGUUUCCUCGAGGAGCAAGUUCAAUGGAAGGAGUCUACGAAGUAAAAAUGGAGAAGGCCGAAUAUUCAUGGGAAAGGAUCGAAAGAACAAAUUUUACCAUUUGUGUUGUAAUACCUGUGAAUGGCACAGUAUUUUCAAUUGCAAACAACGAUGUGGUCUCCGGAUUUGUAUACCAUAGAACUGACCUCAUCCAAGAUCCCAAGAUGUGCAGGCAAUAUGACUCUAUAGUAACCAAAGAUAUGCCAUCAACUUUCCUUGCUGCAAAGGCGUUCACAAAUCCGAUAAGAUUCGUAACAUUCCCAGAGACAAAAUCAACAGUUGACAAAAUCAUCGAGUAUAUGGAAGGGAAAAAUGAAGAGCCAUUCGAUACUUUAAAGGAAAAUAUCCGCAGUAUAGUAUCGGUUCUCGAUGGCAUAGACUCAUUUUGGAUAUCCCAAGAUGACGAAUCUACAAUCAGACGUUAUAUUGCGACUUCGCAUGGCAUAAUAAUAACUAAACCUGGCGUCACUAGGGAACAAACAUACGAUCCUACGGAACAACCGUGGUAUCUUCGAGCAUUGGCCAACAGAAAACAGUUAACAAUUUCGUUCCCCCACAAAGACAAGCACAACAAAGGAUACGAAAUAACAUUGAGCAAGUCUUUAUCUGUUGGCAGACAACAUCUGAUCAGUGAUCCAGUGUUUGGUGUUGCGGGAAUUGAUUUCAGCAUCAGACAAUUCUACAACUUUAUCAUAAAAAGAUACCCGAAGUGUGAUGAGGAGCGUUACAGCUGCUUUAUAAUGGAUAACAGUGGGUUUAUUGUCAUGCACAGGGAUUUCGUCAACUGUUCUAAUAAAGAUCAACAGAUAGAGGGACUCCAUGUAACGAUUAAGGAACCUGAAAUCGCUAAACACUUGAUUAAAAACUACCAUAUGUCGAGACGGGCGUGCAUAAACUUUGAAAAGUUGAAAGACUACAGAACAUGGAUUGUUGAUUUUAUUUCAGCUGAGAUGAUUCGCUCAAAAUCAUUUGAACUGUAUAAACUAAGAGACACAAAUGCAUUCCUUGGCGUUAAAUUAUCGACGGAUGAAACAACUGGAUCGGAUGAUACUGAAGAUGCUCAAUCAAGCUGCGCUUGUUCCAAGGGAAACAUCUAUACCAGCACCAAUUAUGAGUGCCAACAUGAGGAUGAAACUGCUGAUAAAUGUGAAUG